AUGACUCUACUUGCCCUCGAUCUCCCAUUCGGUCGUUCCAACCAUGGAGAAGCUAUUUUGUCUUUCAUCCGCGUCCUUCGUAAUCUCGAUGAUGCUGCUGAGCUCCUAGCGACUUUCGAAGAACUCGGAAGCAACCUGUCUGCCGCUAGUAUAGAGGAUCACGUUCGGUUUCUCGACUUUCCUGAUGUCUCAACCCAAGAGGCAAACAUUGCCGCUGCAACAACUCUAAGCAAGGAAGAGCUUUUAAAAAAAGCGGCUCAAUCACCUAGAGAGCUUACAGAAUCUGAGCUUGAUCUACUUAAUAGCCGUUAUUGGGGUCGAAUCAGCUAUCCGGAGGAAGAUGUCCGUUUUGAUUGUUACGAGGAUCUCAAGCUCGUCUCUGAAGAACACUACUCUCAAACAGUCGAGCGUCUCGAGAAUUUUCGAACCUCUUUCUAUACGGAAUACGAAGCGGAUGCAUUGAAAAAUGCAGAGGCGGAGCUUCCCCGACGAAUCGAUGAAAUAACAGAACCCGAGGACAGAAAUGAUCUAGAGCGGAUGCUCGAAAGCGGCCACCCCUGGCUACGCCAGCUAUGGCAAGAAGAAGGGGGCAAAUAUCCAUGGGGCUAUGUAAUUUUCGAAAGCCCUCAGUGGAAGCGCGAGGACCCCGAACGCCAGGAGUCGUAUGAACAAAAGCAAACCACCUUGUUCCACUGGGCGCACGUGGCUAUUGGCUCUACAACACAGAUCAGAUCCCAAUGGUACCUUGAGCGCCUUGAUCAGCCUUCUAGAGCCGGCGGCGAUGAGUCUUUCUUAGCGACGGUGAACCAAUUGCGUAAGCACUUCAACUAUCUCCGAGCUCUACCGCCCGUGAAGCAAACACCGUAUCUACGCCUCGAUUUAGCCGAAGGCAAGAUCGACGCCAUCCCGGACGGAAUUACGGAAGGUAUUCUCCGGAACGUGUUCUUAUUUCUAGAUCACGACGCCGCGGCGUCGGUCUUGGAUACUCGCAGACCUGAUGAUAAAUGGAUCUGGGCUGUCGACCCGGACUUUGAUCCGGAAAGCCGGGACUCUGAUCCGAGAGGAUACCAAGGCUAUGUGCGCGUUCGCCUCCAGCAACUUCUUAAUCACUUUUACGUCGCUCGGCGCUGGCACGCAGACGAGUGGUCGAUGGAUGACAUAUGGAAGACGGCUCAGAAGGACCCGUACAACGGCUCUUUUGUUUCCAUGAACUACGAAGACAUCUUUGCUCCAAACCUGCACCGAGAGGUUUCUGCUGCCAUGAGAAGUGAUUAG